AUGGAAUCUACUACACCAUUUACUAUAUAUAGAAAGAAUCAGGACUUCUUUACUCUAAUCAAUGACAGUUCACAAAGUGAGCGGCUCACAACCCCAGAUGAACUUGAAUGUGAAGAGAAGGACGCUACAAGCUGGUUUGAUGACUUUAUUUCUAAUUCAAGCAGCUCCGACGAGAGUAUAUUGGAUGGCAAAUUAAUUGAAAGCUUGAACGAUAACUUGACCACCAUUUUGGAGGAAGAGGCUUUGGAUUACCAGCUGGAUUACAAAUUAGAUGAUAACUUGCAGUAUACACUGACACCCGAUGUCUCACUCUCCCUCACUCUUCCAGAUACAAUGCCGGAUAACACCACUAAAUACACAGAUAUCAAGGCUCAUGCCAACACCUUAUCCUCUCAGUUUGCUCGGCGACAGUCCUACUUGAGCGAUUCAACCAAUGAAUUUGCCUGGCGUGACAACUCUAUGCGUGAUUGCCCGACUAUACAUCAUUUCAACUGGCUAGGAGCAGGAAUAUUCCAACGCAGCUCGACAUUGCCUGAAGAAUCCUUAGCAGUUAUUCUCGGAGAUAUCAAGAUUCCCCGCGCAGUCGGCAACUAUCGAGUCCAGGCCAUUCUCAGUCGAGCCUACAGAUAUGUGGAUCCGUUUAUUGUCGUUCUAGAUGAUGAAGUCGAUGGCUCUAUUCUAAAUCUGCGUGGGUCUGCGCUCCAACAUGCUGCAAAGAACCACUGCUUCAAGCACUACACUUCUCAUGGCCAAUGGAUCUUUGACACUGAAGAACCAGGCUAUCAAAAUACACUAGAUAUUGGCGAUAUAGACACAUAUCUUAACCCAAAUUUAGUCAUUGGAAAUGGAUUUAUCAAGAGUAGUCAUCUUCGCUCGCGGGCUGAUUUCCACUCAAUACACGAGGACACGAUUGCCUCGGUAUCCCUAACUCGAAAAAGUCGGCUCCAGUGUACAUCAUCUCCGCUAUGGCAAAGUCAUGUAGUGGUGCCAGAGGCUACAGUGGAGGUCGAUUCAAACUCUGAGCUUGAUAUCACCCCGGAUAAUAGUUUCAUAGCAGAAGCCGAUUCAAAACAUGAAGCUAAUCCAAAACCUGAAGAUGAUUCUAUACCUGAGACUAAUAUCGCUAAUAUCGCCCCCAAAUUCGACAUCACACCUGAGAUAGAACCAAUCCACGAGUCUGCAUCAGUCCAUUCUUCUCCGGAGCAACCGGGUCAAUGA